CAGGAAAAGGGUAAAAAAUAAUUUGGACCAAAGGUGAUGGAUGUCUGUCUUUACUUGGAUUUGUUAAAUCAUACCUUGAAUUAUUAGUUCUAUCUCUUAUGCAUUCAACGGUGGAAAUUGAUGCAAUUGCAAUAGGUAAGACGGUGACAAGUAUGGAGAUUCCUUUCAAUAUUUAUAUGAUAAUUCAUUCAUUGUCAUACACUGAUAUAAAAAACCCUUGCAGAGCACAAGAUCACUGGUCUCCAUGUGCUCUCUGCCUUUUACCUUUUUACAAACAUAAUCAGUACUGAUUGUUUGAUUUCGGCCUCCUCCUCUUUGCUGUUAAAACGUGAACAAAUUUCCCUUUUGAAAGGCAUGAAGUAUUCUAAUAUGUUUUUUGAGGUUUUGAAGAAGAUUUGAGGUGUUUCAUCUUCUAAAAGAGAGGUUUUAGUCAUUAGGGAUGUUUGAUGGAGGCUUGACCAUGUCUUUCCAUAAAGUAAUCUGCCCAUCAGUUGUGGGUUAUUUAAGUAAAAUCAGAACUCAUUGUAGAACAAGGCCAAAUCCAUCUUUCGCGGUGCAAAUGUCUUCAACUCUUGUGCAAACCGAUGAGAAUGGAGAUCAUUAUGAAUCCAAAAAGAUAUCGAGUUCACCUUCAGCGCAACUAAAAAGUCAGCCCCAGAGUUCCCUGCUUAGCCAAGAGAAUACUGUAGGUAUAAUUGGAGGGGUUUCUGUUUUGUCCACUCUUAUUUUCCUUGAGAAACUUGUUUGGUGGAGCUCAAGAAAUGGGGAAGAAUGUGUUCCUUUUGUCGUCUGCAGCGAUCCUGCCCUCGAUGGAAGCGAUCAACCGGUUCAUUCGCCUUUAAGUGAAAUUGCUGAAAAUGAAGUGAACCAUGAACAUGUUAUUGUCCACAGUCUGAAGCAGAAAAGAGUGUUUCUUGAGAAAUCUGGAGCCCGCUGCAUUGUGAUGCCAUGCCACAUCUCAAAUGCAUGGUAUGAUGAAAUAUCUGAGUGCUGCACACUGCCGUUUUUCCAUAUUGGGGAAUGUGUUGCCAGGGAGCUCAAGGAAGCAAAAUUGAAGCCACUUGAUGCUGGAAGUAAUGUUCGGGUUGGGGUGCUUGCCGCUUGUGAAACAGGUGUUGUCGCAUACGAAGAAAAAUUACAGAAUCAGGGGUUUGAGGUUGUUUUGCCAGACACGACUGUGGAACACAUUCUAAUGCCAGUGAUUGAGUCAUUGAACCAACGGGACGUGGAAGGGGCUCGAAACCUGCUGAGAAUCGCAAUCCAGGUCCUUCUGAUCAGGGCUGUGAAUGUUGUCAUCCUUGCUUCAGAGGACCUGCAGAAUCUUUUACCUCGAGAAGACCCUCUCCUUAAGAAAUGUAUGGAUCCGAUGGAUGCUUUAGCCAGGACAACUAUAAAAUGGGCUAAAUCUGCAAAACAGAUACAUAAGAAAACUUGAACAAUGCUUGGCAUCACGUUGCCAACAUGGUGUCAAAACUAUUGCUGUCUUGUAGGGUAUAUUUGUCUAUCUGAUUGUGGUGCCAAAUAAAGGAGUAAUACCAGAUGAAUAUAUUAAAACAAUUCAAUAUAAAUCCAUAACCCAUCAAAAUUCCAAAUCCCAAGUGUUCUAAUAAUGUAUGAAAG